GAAGAUAAAUAUUUUAAUUUAAAUACUUUACAUUUAUCUAUAAAUGUAACACAUGUAAUUUCAUGUUUUCUCAAUAGAGGUCUCGACAAACGCAAUUCUUUCUGUCACACAAUCAUAGAAAAUAUAAGAUACAAUAUAUAUAUGGUAAGAAAAAAAAAAAGAAAAAUUAGAAAAAAAACGAAUAUUAUUAAUAAAAUAAUAAAAUAUGUCUCAGUCUUCUAAGAAAAUUGAAGAUGUUUAUGAAGAGUUUAAUAAUCAAGCAGAUCGAAUUAAUUAUUUAAUUAAAAGGUUUACAGAAUUGAAAGAAACAAUUUGUAAAUACAAAAAAAUUCGAAAUUAUUGGGAAUCGCAUUAUUCUACUUUAUCUAUGAAUAUUUGGGCAGGACAAGUCAAAUAUCUAGAAUUACAGAAAAAAGAAACCAAUCUUAGGAAUGAAAUUUCGGAGAUGAUAGAAAUAAUCAAAUUUCAACAGCAAGAAUUAAAAAAUUUAACAAAAGAAAGAACGAUAUAUUUUACGAAACAAUGCGAUAAAUUUCGAAUUAUGGAUAUGAAAUAUACAAACAAUUUCCUGCGCGCACAAAAAGAAUACUCAAACGAAAAUUUAAUCAAAGAUAUUCAAGAAUUUCAAAAAAAAUACGAAAAAAUAUAUAGUGAAUUACCAAUACUUAAAGAAAAACUAAUAAAACUAAAAACAUUAUGUGAUUUGAAUGAUUUAAACUCUAAGAAAGAAACUGAAGAAAUAUUAAAAAUUAAUCUUGUUUUAACUAAU